AUGCAUCUCAUGAGGAAUUAUCCAGGUGUCGGACAUGAAGUGUAUACUGAUAGAUACUAUACAUCACCCCAACUGUUUGCUGAGUUGUACAGACAAAAAACUGUCGCGGUCGGUACAUGCCGAAUUGAUAGGCGUGGCCUACCAAGAAGUACGAUUCAAAAAAAACUCGAAAAAGGGGGGAUAGUUUCUUCCAGAAAAGGCUCACUGCUUGUUUUGAAGUGGAAAGACAAGCGUGAUGUACUUAUGCUUUCCACAAAACAUAUAAGCGACACUAAAACAGUUCAAGUUCGUGGGCCUGGGGGAUACAAAGAUAAAGUGAAGCCUGUCGUUGUUCAGGAUUAUAAUGACAACAUGGCUGGUGUUGAUAAGUCUGACCAGAUGUUGUCUUACCACAGUUUUGAGAGAAAAACCAAAAAUGGUGGAAGAAACUUUUUUUCCAUCUUUUUAAUCUCACUGUUGUGA